AUGAAGUCUCUUCCCCUUUUGGCGCUCGUCUCUUGUCUCCUUGUGCUGCCCAGUUCAGCCUCCAAGCUCAAGGGAGCCCCUUCCCGAAGCAAAAAGAGCCUCCCCAUCCUUCCCAAUGGUCAAACAUACGAUGGACGAGGAGAAGCAUCAAGAGGACUCAAGGCGGUCGCCAAAGGCCCUCCAUCACGAGAGUGUAAAGCAAGCUCCGAUUAUAAAUAUUCCACAUCCAAAGAAGGCGACGCGGACAUCAAACGAGAAGUCAAGUUUUCUUGCAGUGCCAAUGGCGAGAGUGAUCAACCCAUGGCUCGUGGCCUAUUUAUUGAUCCUGCCGACAUUCGUGACAAGAUCGAAUACAAGGUCAAAGCCGACAAGAAGGGCCUGACCCUCAAGGUAGAAUACAAACAAGAAUUCCAAGAGGAAGAGGGAGUCGAUGACUUUACCGAUACCGCCGCUUCCUAUGAAGUCACAUUUGACAGCAUUAUCGAAUACGCCAAGAAUGAUGGCAAGACCAUGGAAGACCGGUCGGAUGAAGAACAGGCUUACAACUGGGAUGAUGAUCUCGUCUUGCAGAAAUUUGAACUGACUCAAUUCCACAACUUUACCAAUGUCACCAAGGUGGGGGAUCUUUCCUAUUGGAACAUUGAGACACAGGAUUACACGGUCCUCUUCAAUUUCACCGUCAGUCAAGCAGACAUGGGCGAUAAGGUCACUGCCAACACCAUGAAGAUUGAUGUUCGAAUUCUCAACUUUCCUUGGUUGGCCAAUGGCACCAACUUGGCACUCAUGAGUUCCAUCAAGUCAGAACUCAAGGUGGAAGUGGAUUUCAGUGAAAUUGCCGUCACUGCUAGAUCGGAAGAACUAGGAGGUGGUGACGACAAACCUGGUGCUGGUGCGCCUGGAGGAUUAGACAAAAAAGUGAACCAUCACAAAUGGGCCCGUAAUGCUCAUGUUUCCUUUGAAAAUGUCACGGAAGAUCUCGGUUUCAUACCCUUUGGAGACUAUAAAUGGGACUAUGAGGCGGAAGCCAGUACCAACAAUGCCAGCGAUGCGUACUGGGCAAACUUUUAUUGCGAUCAGGAACCACAGGUGGCCGUGCAACGAAGCAUGGUCGUCAAUGAUACCAUGUGCGAGAACCUGACCCUCGCGGAUGCUGAUCUUUACAUUUUGGAAGAGGUCGAAGAUAUUGUAGUGGUGGCAACGUAUGCGCCCUCCAUGGGAAAUGAAACCCAGCAACAAAUCGCCUAUAGUUUUGUGGGCCCCAAAGCCCAGCAUGCUGACGAAAUAUAUUGGGAUCCGGAAGCUGGAAUUGGAUACGAGACGAAAUCUGGGGCCAUGUCAAGUACUGGUGUCGGCAUGAUGGUCAGUGCUGUCCUAGCAGCCGGAUGGUUCUUUGUGUUCAUGGAAUUGUAG